UUUAUUACUAAAAAGGCUAAUUUUAAUUCGGGGGUCAAAAUUAUUAAAACGUCCGUAGACCGACUAGAAAUCUCUAUUAUUAUCCAGCCUCUCUUCCACAAUUACUUUAACGACUACCGCCGACUAUACUUCCUAAUUAAAGGCGCUACUUUAUUAAUUCUUUAA